GUGUGGGGUUUUCCAUCAAGCAUCUCUGAUGCCAGAACAAGGCCCCAGAAUGAACGGUUUCUCUCUAGGCGAGCUAUGCUGGCUCUUCUGCUGCCCGCCGUGCCCCAGUCGCAUAGCGGCCAAACUGGCGUUUUUGCCCCCGGAACCCACUUACACUGUGAUGCAACUAGAACAGCAAGAAAAUGCUGCUACGGUGGGGACGCCAACCAGCAGUUGUAGCCUACAUUUGACUGAACGGGCUGACUGGCAGUAUUCCCAACGAGAACUGGAUGCUGUUGAAGUCUUCUUUUCACGCACAGCCCGGGAUAACCGGCUGGGAUGCAUGUUUGUUCGCUGUGCUCCUUCUAGCCGGUAUACCUUGCUUUUCUCUCAUGGCAACGCUGUCGACCUGGGCCAAAUGUGCAGCUUCUAUAUUGGCCUCGGCUCCCGCAUCAACUGCAAUGUCUUCUCUUACGAUUACUCGGGUUACGGAGUCAGCACCGGUAAACCGUCGGAAAAAAACCUUUAUGCAGACAUUGAUGCAGCUUGGCAGGCCUUAAGAACAAGGUAUGGUGUCAGUCCUGAAAACAUCAUUCUGUAUGGACAGAGUAUUGGAACUGUUCCCACAGUAGACCUAGCAUCUCGGUAUGAGUGUGCAGCUGUAAUCCUUCAUUCACCUUUGAUGUCUGGAUUGAGGGUAGCUUUCCCCGACACCAGAAAAACAUACUGCUUUGAUGCUUUUCCAAGCAUUGACAAGAUUUCAAAAGUCACCUCUCCCGUUUUGGUGAUUCACGGUACCGAAGAUGAAGUCAUAGAUUUUUCCCAUGGUUUGGCAAUGUAUGAGCGAUGCCCCCGGGCUGUGGAGCCCCUCUGGGUGGAAGGGGCUGGCCACAAUGACAUAGAGCUUUACGCACAGUACCUAGAACGACUAAAACAGUUCAUAUCUCAUGAACUUCCUAAUUCCUGAAGAAACCUA